CAAGGAAGGAGGCGCUGGAGCUAGUUGUGCGCCGCUGGAUUCCACGCUGGUCCCUUCCAUCAGUACUGCCCUCCAGUGUUCACUUGACAGGAGACGAGCUGGAUGGCAUUGGACUGCAGCGGUACUGUGCUGUGCAGAAACAUGGCUCCAGGACAACUUCCAUGUACCAUCAAUCUUCAGGCCAUGACACUCAGGAGGGGAGGUGAUGGCUGCAGCAAUGGAAACCGAGCAACCAAACAUUGAGGUUUUUGAAACCGCUGCUGUGGAAAUUGAGGAGUCUGAGCCAUUUGAGCCGUACUACGUGGAGAGGUACUCCUGGAGCCGCCUACGCAAGCUGAUCACCGACAGGAAGAUGCAUGGGCACAUGAUGGCCAAGACUCCUCAUGACUUCUGUUUUGUAAAGAAAAAUGACCCAGAGGGGCUUUAUUCAGAUAGGCUCUAUUAUCUGGCAAUGUCAAAUGAAAACCGUGAAAACACUUUGUUCUACUCAGAAAUUCCCCACAUGAUAAGCAAGGAUGCUGAACGUUUACUCCCGUGGAAUCCCCUGCUGGAUUAUUUUCAGUCUACUCCUGAUUAUGGAAUUUACUGUCGUGAAGAAGAGCUGUUAAGAGAAAGAAAACGAAUUGGAACAAUCGGUAUUGCCUCAUAUGAUUUCCACAAAGAAAGUGGGAUGUUUCUGUUUCAGGCAAGCAACAACAUUUAUUACACAGUGGACGGCAGUAGCACAGGAUUCACUAGUGAGCCGAAAAACCCUAUGCCAGUAAAGACCAGCUGCCCCAACAUCAGGAUGGAUCCCAAAAUUUGCCCCGCUGAUUCAUCUUGGAUUUCAUUCAUCCACAGCAAUGAUCUGUGGAUUUCUAACAUUGAAUCAGGAGAGGAAAGGAGACUGACUUUUGCACAUAAAGGUCUGCCAAACCUAGAAGACGAUCCAAAGUCCGCAGGGAUCUCCAGUUUUGUGCUGCAGGAAGAGUUUGACCGGUACACAGGCUACUGGUGGUGUCCUGUUGCAGAGGAUACCCCGGAUGGGGGAAGGAUUUUCAGGAUACUUUACGAAGAGAAUGAUGAGUCCAAUGUUGAAAUUAUCCAUGUGUCUUCACCCAUGCUUGAGACACGAAGGUGUGAUUCGUACAGGUACCCACGGACAGGAACUCUAAAUCCAAAGAUAACUUUCAAGAUGUCGGAAGUAACAAUAAAUGCCAUUGGAAGGAUUGCAAGUGUUGUCGACAAGGAGUUGGUCCAACCAUUUGAGAUUCUUUUUAAAGGAACUGAAUACAUUGCACGGGUUGGAUGGACGCGAGAAGGAAAAUACGCCUGGGCCAUCCUGUUGGAUCGGCCCCAAACAAGGCUCCAGAUCGUUCUGAUCCCCCCUACUUUGUUUAUCCCAGUGGUGGGUGAUGCAGUGGAACGGCAGAAGCUUAUGGAAUCUGUGCCUGACAGCAUAACACCAUUGAUCAUAUAUGAGGAAACAACAGACAUUUGGAUAAACGUCCAUGAUAUACUUCAUAUUUUCCCUCAAACUAAGGAAGAUGAAGUUCAGUACAUUUUUGCCUCUGAAUGUAAAACUGGUUUUCGGCAUCUCUACAAAAUUACAGCUGUCUUGGAGGAGUCCAAGUAUAAACGGUCCAGCGGGGGUUCCCCAUCUCCAGAUGACUUUAAAUGUCCAAUCAAAGAAGAGUUACCUUUGACCUCUGGAGACUGGGAAGUGCUUGGGAGACAUGGGUCUAUGAUAUGGGUGAAUGAAGCCUCUCGCCUGGUUUAUUUUCAAGGUACUAAGGAUACCCCAUUGGAACACCAUCUCUAUGUAGUGAGCUAUGAAAUUCCCACAGAGGUUGUGCGACUGACACAGUUAGGCUACUCUCACAAAUGUUUUGUCAGCCAGAAUUUUGAUAUGUUUGUCACCAAGUUCAGCAAUCAGGACCACCCGCACUGUGUACACAUCUUCGGUUUAUCUGGAUCAGAAGAAACCUCUCAUUGCAAACGGAGAGAGUUCUGGGUCACGAUGUUGGAGUCACCAGGUUGUCUUCAGGGGUACAUUCCUCCAGAGAUGUUCAGCUUUCACAGCAAGUCCGGCGACGUAUUGCAUGGAAUGAUGUUCAAGCCACAUAAUCUACAGCCUAGAAAAAAAUACCCCACUCUCCUUUACACGUAUGGCGGCCCACAGGUGCAGCUGGUGAACAAUCGCUUUAAGGGAAUUAAAUACUUACUCCUGAAUACACUGGCAGAGCUCGGCUAUGUUGUAGUUGUUAUAGAUUCCAGGGGAUCCUGUCACAGAGGCCUUAAAUUUGAAGGUGCCUUGAAGUACAAAAUGGGGCAAGUAGAAAUUGAUGAUCAAGUGGAAGGACUACACUAUCUGGCUGCUAAGUACAGAUUUAUUGACCUGGAACGGGUGGCAAUUCAUGGUUGGUCGUAUGGAGGUUACCUGUCCCUCAUGGGUCUAGUGAGGAGACCUGACAUAUUUAAGGUAGCCAUAGCUGGAGCCCCUGUAACACUGUGGAUCUUCUAUGAUACUGGAUACACAGAACGUUACAUGGGACUCCCAGAUAAAAACGAGAGUGGUUAUGAUAUCGGAUCUGCAGCAAUGCAAGUGGACCACUUUCCACUUGAACCGAACCGCCUACUGCUGCUGCAUGGGUUCCUUGAUGAAAAUGUCCACUUUUCUCAUACCACAGUUCUCCUUAGCUUCCUCGUUCGAUCAGGGAGACCAUACGACUUGCAGGUGUACCCCCAAGAAAGGCACAGUAUUCGGGUCCCGGAAUCUGGUGAACAUUAUGAGCUGUAUCUGCUCUACUACCUUCAGGAGAACCUGGCCUCCCAAAUUGCUGCCAUGAAGUAGAAGAUGAUGUAUUACUCUUGGCAUCCAUUUCAGCUAACAGCCGAAUGCAGGAGAUGUCAGAACUUAAACAUUGUUUCCUUACCUCAUUAAUACAGAUUUCUCCUCCCUCAGCUAAUUAUGGUCAUCUGUUUUCACAUGCAGCAGUCUCACUGCUUCAGCAACAGAACAGCAGCCGCCAUUCCAUUAUCCGUUGGCACCCCUCUCAUCGCUGCUAACAUUUCUGAAUCUCAACCGAGGCUCCUAAAUCUGAUCACCACACUACCUUAGUGGCAAUAUUUGUCUCCAUUUCCCUUGCAUCCCCAAAACUAUAAUGCCUACCCACGAUCUCACUGAUAGUGCCUGAAGAUAACUUCUGCUCUUUGUUCUGAGAAUGUAAAUGGAACAAGAUCCCUGAAGAGCAUGUUCUGGGCAUGAAGAAUACUUUCUUUUGAAGAAUUUAUGUAUGCCAGUAAGACUUGAAAAACAUAGCAGUAUUUCUGAUGUUUUAUGCUGCUCUCCUCUGUCUUAUGGCCUUCCUCCUUGAUUCACGCAUCAAUUUGUAACUCUCUGAUCUUUAGUCAGACUAGUGAAAUGGACUCAUUUUCUUCUGAUUGCCAGGCCUUCAGUUUUGCUUUCCUCCUUAACAGGAUUUAUUGCCACAUUGCUAUUCACUUGUAAAAUUACCAUAAAAUCACCAAUUGUUUCCUUGGAGUUUAGAGUAAAUGCAGAUGAUUGUAAAACCUUUUUGAGCACUUUAUGUACAAGUAAUGUUUUAAUUAAUGUCUUAAAUAGUAUCUUUUUUUAUUACUUAAAAUAUCUACAUCUGAUCAUGGUUUAUUUAUUCUUUUUUGGAUACAAAGAGGUUCUAUCUUUGCCAAGUUUGUUUAGAUCUUUGGAUAUCUGCAGAGCUUUGCAUUCUGUGAAGUAAGAGCAGGGUAUAUAAGAACAGGGGCUGAAUAUUUCACAGCAAGUGCAGUCCAAUAUCUUGUAUACAAGUAUAAGAUCUGAAUAUUUCACCGCAAAGGCAGUUAAAUAUCUUGUAUACAGGGGCUGGCUGAAUAUUUCACCACAAUGACAGUCCAGUAUCCUGUUUCUCAAGGACUGAAUAUUUCACUGCAGAGACAGUCUAGUAUUUAAUAUACAAAGUGUUGGAAUAUGCAACAGGUCUGUCAGUAUCUCUGGAGGUAGAUGCUAAUAACAUUUCACUUCAGUAACCUUAGAAUAUAUCAGUCCAGUACAGCUGUUACUUCUGUUUAAUUACAGGAAUAUUGCACCAUUUUUUUAGACAGUAACGAGGAAUUGUUCUAGAUGUUGAGAGAGGUUUCCUUCCUAUAGGUCCUUGUAUUAACUUCUCAAGUGGUUUCUUAGUGUUUCAGCUUGUUCGACAGUUUGUGCCUGUCAGGUAAGUAUAAAACAUGGAAGAGUCAAAUCUUUUGAAAGGGAGAAGCAAAUGUCCUACUUGUCACACUCAGCUGUAUUGAAAUCAGUAUAGUAGGUUAACAUGCAGAUAUAUUACUGCAUUACACAAUACAGCCUCUUAUUCCCUCCGCUGCCUGAGAGGAGUUUGUACGUUCUCCCUGUGACCACGUGGGUUUCCUCCGGGUGCUCCGGUUUCCUUCCACAGACUAAAGAUGUACCGAUUGUUAGCUUGUUUGGUCAUCGUAAGUUGUCCCGUGGCUAGGAUAGGGUUAAAUUGCGGGUUUCUGGGUGGUGCAGCUCGGAGGGCCGGAAGGGCCUAUUCCGCACUGUGUCUCAAAUAAACAAUAAAUAAAGAAGUCCACAAUUGCCGUCAGUUCUGAAUGUCACGAAAGUCAUGACUGAGCAGAUAUUAGGAGUCAAAUUGCAGUUGUGGCUGUGUAUUCAUGGUACAUUUGUUUCAGAAACCACGUGCCACUUUCACUUGGCUGCAUUCUUUGUGUUGCCAAUGGUUUCACGUUAUGUCCAAACUAGCUUUCUAUAGCUUUUUCGCUAGGGCUUUGAUUAACUUGUUGGAACCAUUGCUUUCUCAUAAAUCCCUCUAAGUGCACUGUGUUGCCAGUAAGUUGUCAGGAGUGGAUACGGUGACAGUGUCAGAAGAUUCUGUUCACACUGGUCAGGUAGGAAAAGCGAAUUUGUACACACAAGUAAAAUAUUAGAGAAGCACAAUCUUAUGCUUAGUUUUGUAGAAUUAUGUUUACAUUACCAAUGUAGGCCUGUGACUGUUUAUGCUUCAGACAAGUCUCUCACUGCCCUAAUUCAUCUAAACCCAAAACAUUUGUAUUCUUCUUCAAUGUUUACCUUGUAUUUCCUUAAAGACCUCUGUCAAUGUGUACUCCAUAUUACUGUUACACAGAUAAGUGGGGCAUCAGUGUUGUAGUGUAAUUAAACCUCAGACAAGGAAUAACCAAAGCAGAGCAGAAAUGCAGUUUCCUUGCAUACCUUAUCUGUAAAGAAAUAAAUCCGUUCCCCUUGAAAAACUAGGCAGAAGUGCAUAUAGAAUCUACAAAUCAGAGUUUGCUCUCAACAAGAAGAGGCACUGAUAGUGAAUCUUCCCUGUUUAAGAGAUUCUACAGGGGCAACUCUGUGCUUCUCAUUGCCUGCUACUCUGACUUUACCAGUCCAUGGCUUCCAGCACAGUUACCAUGAGGCCCAAUGCAAGCUCAAGGAGCAGCAUUACAUCAUCCGUCUGGGCUUGCUGCAGCCCUCUGGACUCAAUAUUCAAAUAUACAAAUUCAGGUAACUUCAUUUCUUAGUCUGUGAUAUCGGCCCACCUUGUUCCCUAGCCCCCACAUGUCAGUAGUUGGAGGAGGUGCCUGAACUGACUUGCCAGGCACAUCUUCCUGCUCUGCAUUUUGCAGCUCCUACAUCCUUUGGUUAGCAUUCUUGUUCUCUAAUUACCUGCAUUCAGUCAUUGACCAGAUAACAGCUUACUCUAGUUUUAUUCUAUCAGAGAAUCUGCCCCUACCCUACGCUGCCUGCAAUUUCAUGAGCUUCUUUUCUCAUCUUCCCAAUUCUGACAGGCUUCGGAAACGUCAACUCUGUUUCCUUCCACAGCCAGAUCUGCUGGUUUAUCCAGCACUUUUUUGGUACUAUUAAGUACUAUAUCAUCAAAUUCAGUGAAUGGUCAUUAGCAGUAACUACCAGCAUAAAUUCACUGCUAUUGAUGAAACCUGAGAAAGAAGCUAACACUUCACUCUUCACAGUUAUCAGUGUUUGGGGGUUUGCCAGUUUUGUCAUUUCCUCCAACUCUCAUUCCUUCCCAUUAUUGAUUGAGAAAACAUUUUGGGAGCAGGGAUUGCAUCGGACAUGGAUAUGGAUAUGCAUCGUCUGAACUCAGUGGAAUCCCAAAACCAAACCCAGUGAAACAGAAACUGUAUUUUGCUAAGUUUCUGGAUAAAAAUGUUCUGAAUGGUCAUGAUAGAAACUAAAGGAAUGUGCUAUUGAAUGCUUGUCUGGGGAAUGGUGCUGUUUAUCUUUGAGAUGGUAUUGGAGUUGUGGGAGAGGAACUUCCAUUCAGAGCCAUUUUUUAUUGAAGGAUGGAGUGGUAUUCUGCCUGGGGCAAGUUCUGUUUCUCCUGUUAGUGGGCAGAACCAUCAUAAAGGUAUUUCCUCUUCAUUGUACAAGAAAUAAACCAAAUUCAUAUAUUCCCUAAGGGACCAUGCUACAUUGUUUAUUAUACUGAUAGACAAUUUGAAUAAAUAAAAAUGGCCUGGAAAUUUGCCUUUCCAAAUAAAUGGUUAUCUCUUUUUAUUAAGAAUAUAAGAAACAGAGCCUGAGUUAACCAAGUGGCUUUCUCUUCUACUAUUCACAAUAAUCAGAUAAUCUUAUGCUCAGAAACAGAUGCCAGCACGAUCCCCAUCUUUGAUUUGCUUCAUGCUUAAAGACCAUUCAUUCUCAUUCCUCAAUGUACUCAGUGACUGAGCAUCUAGAAAGAUGCAGUAAAAAAGGUGUCUUUGCAUUGCAGGCCUAAAUAGCCAGCCCUGUACCGUGGUUUAUCGUACUGUACUUUACAUUCAACGUAAGAAAAAACCGUAUAUUUUGUUUUGAUUGGACAGCUUUGUAAGGGUAUGAGCAGCAAAAGUUAAUGUGGUGUUACAUUAGCAGUGGUGAUUUGAGUUCACGCUUAGCAGGAAUGUGAUGUUUAUUUUUUUAUGAGAUGAAGUGUGUUCAGAAGUGAUGGGUGCAAAGGUGAUGAAUAUAGAAGUAACAUUCCAGAGAACUUUUCCCAUUCUGGUGCAUGUGAGAGAGUUCAACAAAUUUCAUCCCUGUCUAUCAAGAAAAUUGUGAUUGUGAUACAUAGACACUGGAUUUGCCUGAAUCAAUAUUAAAUUUUAACAUUGAAUUUCUUUUAUAUGUUUUAAGUGCUAUGGUAUAUAAAUACAAGCUGGUGCUUUGUGAAUGAUGAAAAUUCUUAAAUAGCAAGGUUUACAGAGUCAUAAACUAUUGGAUCAUUCUCACAAUUCCCCAAAUAAAAAAUAAUUCU